CUCUAUAUAAAGCCCUCCCUUUCUCUCCCUCUCCUCCACACCCAAAUCUCUCUCUCUCUCUCUAACAAACUCUCUCUCUGCAAAAGAAAGAAACUAACCAUGCCGGAAGCUCCAAAACAAUCACCUAGUGGCACGGACUAUACUCCUUCAGAGAAAAACAAGAAGGCUCUUCAGUUCAUCGAAGAUGUGACUUCCAACGCCGACGAAGUCCAGAAGCGACUCCUCGCCGAUAUCCUCUCUCGCAACGCUGGCGUCGAGUACUUGCAGCGGCACGGCCUCGCUGGCUACACCGAUCGCGAAACCUUCAAGAAACUCAUGCCCGUCAUCAAAUACGAGGACAUACAGGCCGAUAUCACUCGCAUCGCCAAUGGCGAUAUGUCCCCAAUCCUCUGCUCACAACCCAUUUCUGAAUUCCUCACAAGCUCUGGGACGUCUGGUGGAGAGAGGAAAUUGAUGCCUACCAUUGAGGAAGAGCUUGGGAGGAGAUCAUUGAUGUACGGGCUUUUGAUGCCUGUGAUGAACCAGUUUGUUCCUGGUUUAGACAAAGGCAAAGGAAUGUACUUCUUGUUCAUAAAAUCAGAGGCUAAGACCCCUGGGGGACUAGUGGCUCGUCCUGUUUUGACUAGCUACUACAAAAGUGCCCAUUUCAAGGACAGGCCUUAUGACCCAUAUACUAACUACACUAGCCCAAAUGAGACCAUUCUCUGCCCAGACUCUUACCAAAGCAUGUACUCCCAAAUGCUCUGUGGCCUUUGCCAACACAAGGAAGUCCUCCGGGUCGGAGCGGUCUUCGCCUCCGGGUUCAUUCGCGCAAUCCGAUUCCUCGAAAAGCACUGGCCCCUCCUCUGCGCGGAUAUCCGAACCGGGACCCUAAAUCCCCAAAUUACGGAUCCGACGGUGAGGGAGGCCGUGAUGAAAAUCCUCGAACCGAACACCAAGUUCGCGGAUUUUGUUGAGGCUGAAUGUGGGAGAGAGUCAUGGCAAGGGAUUAUUACUAGGUUGUGGCCUAACACCAAGUAUGUGGAUGUGAUUGUGACUGGGACUAUGUCACAGUACAUACCCACUCUUGACUACUAUAGCAAUGGCUUGCCUCUUGUGUGCACCAUGUAUGGUUCCUCUGAGUGUUACUUUGGUGUCAAUCUCAACCCUCUUUGCAAGCCCAGUGAAGUCUCUUAUACCCUCAUUCCCAACAUGGCCUAUUUCGAGUUCUUGCCUGUUCACAGAAACAAUGGUGUCACCAAUUCAAUCACCAUGCCCAAAUCCCUCAAUGAGAGGGAACAGCAAGAAUUGGUCGAUCUUGUCGAUGUCAAGCUAGGCCAAGAGUAUGAGCUUGUUGUUACCACUUAUGCAGGGCUUUAUCGUUACCGUGUCGGGGACGUGCUUCGAGUGGCGGGAUUCAAGAACAAGGCACCCCAAUUCAACUUCAUCUGCAGAAAAAACGUUGUUCUGAGCAUUGAUUCGGACAAGACAGACGAGGUGGAGCUUCAAAACGCAGUCAAGAACGCCGUGAACCAUUUGAUGCCAUUCGACGCGAUUUUAACAGAGUACACGAGCUAUGCCGACACUUCGACAAUCCCAGGACACUACGUGCUUUUCUGGGAGCUUAACGUUAAUGGGUCAACCCCAAUUCCACCAUCGGUGUUUGAGGAUUGUUGUCUCGCCAUUGAAGAGUCGCUCAACAGUGUGUACAGGCAAGGACGUGUCUCGGACAAGUCGAUUGGGCCUCUGGAGAUCAAGAUUGUGGAGACAGGAACGUUUGACAGGCUCAUGGACUAUGCGAUUAGCUUAGGUGCUUCGAUUAACCAGUACAAGACACCAAGGUGCGUCAAGUUUGCCCCCAUUGUCGAGCUAUUGAGCUCCAGGAUUGUGUCCAGCUAUUUGAGUCCGAAAUGUCCCAAAUGGGUACCGGGUGUCAAGCAAUGGAGCAACUAAAAUUGAUGGAUUACAGGGCUUUGUUUGUUCAACUGUUCAGUCUUUGGUAGUUUCAUUGGAUGUCCCCCACCACAAAAAAAAAAAAAACACGAACAACUGUUUGUGUUAUCAUCU